CAAUCAGCGACAAGGAGGCGGGCUGUACGAACUGCCCAAUCAGGCGGGCCAACGUGGGAGGAUCCUUCCCGGGUCUUGGCGCUGAAGCGAGCGCCCUGCGCUGUUGCUGAGAGCCCUCAGCUUGCGGGGCCGCCUUCUGUGACUUCAGCUGGCCGCACGCUGCCUGGGAAGGACUCGGGGAGAGCCUGAAGCCAUGCAAUGGUGAUGUUGUGGGACCGAAGCCGGGACGGGAUGGAAUCGGGACGAGGUCUGAAAGGAAGGGGCCAGAGCCAGCUACGGGGACUACAGCCUCGCUGCUUAGCUCCAGUCCCUGAGGGUCUCCUGGUUUUUUGGUGCUCUUGUCCCUUUGUCCCUGUGCUGGGUCAGAGUUAGUCCCGGGUUCCCUGCAUCCUGUCUCCACUGUGAUAGUCUGAGCCCACCGUGCUGACUCGGGUGGCUCCAGGCACAGCCUCGUCUACACCAGUCAGGGGAGAACCCGGGGGCCAGUAGGGGAGACCCUGUUUCAGGUAUGGAUUGUGGAGCUGGGUGCAGCUGUGAUGUGCUAGGUCCCUGGUCUCCUUCCUUUUAGUAGCAGACCCGGAGGACCUGACAUUUAUAAAUGUUGGUGAUGCAGGGUCUCAUACCCAUAACUCAUCUCCUCAGACCUCUGCCUUUUUAGUCACAGUGAAUUCCCAAAUUUCCACUAUUUCCCCAUAUUGUCAAAGUCAUGAUAUGUGUUGAUAUGGGCUAUAAGAAUCCAAAGAGGUUUAACAUUGAGGCGGAGUGUUUUCCAAGCAUGCAAUGAAAUCCUGCGUGCCAUACUCAGCUACCCGCAAAAUUAUCACCUUAAUUAUUUAUGUCAGACCCCUACUCACAACGAUAAAGAACAGAGCUCGUGGUCUCACAAGGUUGUGGAAUGAGGUCAUGAAUUAAAAAGAGGAUAUUAGGAUAAUUUUUAUUGGAAAUAAUAAUAGCUCGCAGAGUCCUUGGAAGCAUUCUGAGUAGCCAUGGGGCUGCUCAAUCCAGAUCUAAUUAUAGAUAAUCAGAGCACAGUAACUGCUCAAUUGUUUAAUGGCCACCUGUCACAGGUGACUCUGUAUUUAAAGUGACCACUUGGAACUCAGGCUCUGAAACCCGUUUUCUUACCAUGUAAGUUUUAUAGAAAACUGGGAUUUUAAAGAAAAACUGGUUAUUUUGCACUUUAAGUUCCUGGAAUUCCUGCAUUCCAUUGCCUGAGGAAGUUCAUUCUUGGUCCACUGUCUUUGGUUCACUAUUCUUAUUUUAAUUCUCAUCCUUAUGGCUUAUCCCAACUCUUAUCUCAGGCCAUUUUCCGUAGCUCGGUGCCUUACUCAUAAAGUAAAUAACAUACUCUUUAUAAUUAGACUAUUUAAAUGAGGAGUCCCAGAGAGUUUAGAAUGCUGAGAAAAAUGGAGGGAAUGUUAAUGUAUUGCCAAGGAAGGCGAAAGGGUUUUUGCUAAGUACAACUUUCUGAAAGGGCUGCCUGUUAAACCCAAACUGAGAAACACAUUGAAUUAGACAUGUGAUAUAGGUAGUAGUGGACAGGGAAAGGUGGCUCUCACCUGUGAAAUAAUUGCUGUAGUUCUUGGACUGUUUCUACACAUUGUUUUAAAUGUGAAAUACGGACUGAAGUGGACUUCCUAUAAAGCACUGAAAUAGAGGUAAAUCCCCAUAGGUAAGGUCUACAGGCACAUGAAGGCAUAGGAAUAAAAGGGUUUUUUGACUAGGGAGGAGCAAAAGGGAGUAAAAAGGAAAAGGGAGAGCAGGGCUUGUUGGAGGAAGGUGAAAUCAGCAACUACAACUGUGAACUCCUCCCCUGAAGUCAGAUUGUUCUUAGUAUGACAAUAAUUGAAGGAUUGUGUGCUGCCUUGGCCCUUGAGUGGGUCAUAGGUCACAGGCCUAAAGAAAGGAGGGGGACUUAGUAACAGAUACUAUAAAUAUGUCUUCUGAGGGCCGGGGAUUUAGCUCAGUGGUUUCGCCACCUCCUGCGCAAGCAGAAGCACCCGAGUUCGAUCUCCGGUACCAAAAAAAAUAUGUCUUCUGUUACUACUGAUCGGUUCGCCUAAUUAUUUGUGAGGCGAAAUUAGGAAAUUGAUCUUGUAGGUUUAGAAACAGGGUGGGCAUCAUCAUUGAAGUACAAUUGGAAGGGUUUUCUCUCAGAUACAAAAGAUUUCAAGAUGUGUUUGAUGUUUUUUAUUGUACAGGGACUGAGCUCAGGAAGUCUGCUCCAAGCCACACCUGUCCGCCCACCCAUUUAAAAAAAACGUUUGAGACCUGGUCUUACUAAGUUGCCCAGGCUGGGGAGAACUUCUUUGGGGGGGUAGUACUGGGGAUCGAACUUGGGACCUUGCACUCACGAGCCAGGCACCAGGACCACUGAGCUAAAUCCCCGGCCCCAAGGGAGAACUUUUGAUACUGUUUCCACCUCCUUGACUGUUAGGAUGACAGGCAUGUGACAUUUUGCCAGUUCAAGGUUGGGUUUCUCUAAUCACCAUGAUCUACCAAGAUUUCAGUGGUUGGGUAAAAUAAACAACAGUGAGGCAUGGUGGUGCACACCAUUAAUUCCAGCCACGUGGGAGACUGAAACAGGAGUAUUGCAGCAUCAAGCCCAGCCUGGACAAUUGAACAAGAUCCUGUUUCAAUAUGAAAUAAAUGUUGGAAUGUACCCCCAAUCUAAUUCAUCUAACAUGCCUGAGGCCCUAAGUUAAAUCUUUAGUAUUGAAGCAAAAAAGAAAAAUUAUUUAUUGGAAAUCUUUCAGUUUUCUAAUUUAUUUACUUUUCUUACUAGUGUUGUAUGGUAAAAUACUUGCUCAUGAUGGUAGACAGCAGUAAUGAAUCACUGCUCUGGCGGCAACUGGAGACCAAGGGUGAAGAGCCAAUGAUUUACAGUGUACUGUAUUUGAUAAAAUUCAUGAGAUAUUUAGUAUUUUAUUAUGAAUUUUGUGUGGUGUUAUGUGUAUUUCCCCAAACACAGAUCAAGGCAAAUGUGUUGAAUGGGUUUAAAAGAGCCAAGGCUUGACAAUGAUGUUUGAUAGAUCGGGUAUGUUCUGUGCAUUUUCAAUACAUUUUAUUUUCAACUUCCUUUGGGUUGACCAUGAUCUUUUCCCUUUCAAACUCAAGUAGCAUCUGCAGACUCAUUCCUUCAACUCUUAAAGUCCUUUUCAGUAUGUAACAUUCAUCAGAUUGUUUCUUGUUUUGAAUACCAUAUUAAUCAGCUUCUCCAGAGCAGCCCAGCCAGGAGAGUGUAUGAGGACUGUUCUGAAAAGGGAAGACUACUCUGGGGUGUUUUGGGUUUGUAUGUGGGCUUGUUUUACUUUGGCUUUUUGUUGUUGUAGUUUGGUAUUAUAAAGAGGUCCCCAAAUCUGGUCAUACUCUGGCUUACAUUACCAUAACAAGGGAAUAGGAUUGAACUUUUCAGUGAAGAUACGGGACUGAGUAGUUUGAACACAAGACACCAAGCAUGUGCAAGGCUAAGGAGAAAACACUUCCAUUCCUAGUUCCAAUCUAUGCUGACUCUGGGAAACCCUCUAGCUGCUUUAAACUUGGGUCAACAUCUGCCUUUCUAUACUGGGUUGUUCACUCCUAUAAUCCCACUUCCUCUUCUAUCACCUUCGUGGGCUGAAGUGCUGUCCAGCACUUUUGCUUCCAAGACUGUUUCCCUUUUGUAGUGAUUUUUAUCUCUCUAGGGAAAGAGAUGACCAUGAACCUUUGUUAUGUGUUCCAUAAGUGACCAGAGACUGCAUUUCCUGAAAUACCCCUAAGUGUCUUCUGGGUUCCCCAAACUGAGGACAGAACUUCCAUGUUGGCAUCCUGGAGAAGACCAUGGAAAUGGUUCAUCGAGAAAGGAGGCAGUGACCUUUGAGGAUGUGGCUGUGAAUUUCACCAUGGAGGAGUGGGCUUUGCUGAAUCCAUCCCAAAAGAAGCUCUACAGAGAUGUGACAGAGGAAACAUUUAGGAAUCUGGCUGCUGUAGGAAGAGCCUGGCAUAACUGGGAAUUUGAAGCAGAGUACAAAAAUUACUGGAGAAAUCUAAGAAAUGAAAAGGUAAAGAAAUGCUAUCAAAAUAAAGGUUGGAAUCAAUAUGGAGAAAUAUUCCUUUGGACUCCAGAUGCUAAUGUGGACAUGAAACAAGCUGCUUUAAAACCAGCUGAAAGCCUUUUUUGCAGAAAGUCCCUGAUUGGGCAUUUGUCACUAAAUAUGCCUAUCAUAGAUCACACUGCACUGAAGACAUAUGAGUACUUGGGAUUGGAAGAGAAGCUGUAUAAAUGUGAUGAGCAUGGAAGAACCUGUGGUGAUUUCCAGUCCUUUCAGAAGGAUUCAAGGACAAAGACUGGAGAGAAAUCCUAUGAAUAUGAUCAAUGUGGGGAAUACUGCUCUGAUCUUAGUGAAAGAACUCACCUUAAAGAGAAGACCUUUGUGUAUAAGAAAAACUUGAAAGCCUCUAACACACCCAGUGAUGUUCAGAUCUAUGAAAGAAAUCACAAUGGGGAGAAAUCUUAUGUAUGUAAUCAAUGUGGGAAAGCUUUCAGUAGGCGUCAACAUUGUAAACAACAUGAAAGAAAUCACACUGGGGAGAAACCCUAUGUAUGUAAGCAAUGUGGGAAAGCUUUCAGCUCACUUAAUGAUCGUAAAAAACAUGAAAUCACUCACAGUCAGGAGAAACCUUAUGUAUGUAAGCAGUGUGGAAAAGCUUUUGGUAGGCGCAAAAAUUGUAACCGACAUGAAAGAACUCACAUUGGGGAAAAACUCUAUUCAUGUAGGCAAUGUGGGAAAGCUUUUAGUACCCAAGAUUAUUGUAAAAUACAUGAAAGAAUUCACACUGGGGAGAAGCCCUAUGUAUGUAAGCAGUGUGGGAAAGCUUUCAGCAUGCGUGGUGCUUGUCAAAUACAUGAAAAAACUCAUACUGGGGAGAAACCCUAUGUAUGUAAGCAAUGUGGGAAAGCUUUUAGUACACAACAUUACUGUAAAAUACAUGAAAGACUUCACACAGGGGAGAAACCCUAUGUUUGUAAGCAAUGUGGGAAAGCUUUUAGUACACAACAUUACUGUAAAAUACAUGAAAGGAUUCACACUGGGGAGAAGCCCUAUGUAUGUAAGCAGUGUGGGAAAGCUUUCAGCACACAUGAUGAUUGUCAAAGACAUGAAAGCACUCACAGUCAGGAGAAACCCUAUGUAUGUAAGCAGUGUGGAAAAGCUUUCCUCUGGCCAAGUAAAUGUCAAAGACAUGAAAGAAUUCACACUGGGGAGAAACCCUAUAUAUGUAAGCAGUGUGGAAAAGCUUUUAACACAGCUGGUGGUUGUAAAAGACAUGAAAGAACUCACAGCAUUAAUUCUAUGUAUCAAAGAAGUCUCACUGAGGAGAAACUUUAUUUUGAAAAUCCUGUGAAAAUUUCUCGUAGUGGAGACCUGUAGGAAUAAUUACUACAAAAAGCUUGAUGCCAAUAUUUCUCCAGAAAACACAAUCCCAGAUAGAGAUAUCUUAAAGUACAUACAUUAUGUGUUUUUCAGUAAGUCACUUAAAUAUCUGGAUUAUGUAUCUGCAGUAUUUAAUAUAAAAAUGUUGAAUUGACACAAUUAGGUAUCUGUGUGUCUUUAAGCUUAAUAGUGUCUUAAUUAAGCAUGGUGAAUUGAAAUGUAUUUUUUACUUUCAAGUAGAGUCAGUAUUUAUGUAGUUUUUGUUUAGUGUUUACAACUGGGAGAGCUGAGCAUGCUGGUGCACGCCUGUAAUCCCAGCACCUGGGAGGCUGAGGCAGGAGAAUUGCCCUGAGUUUGAGGCCAGCCUAGGCUACAUAGAGAGUUCAGGGCCAGUAUGAACUACAUAGUGAGGCUGAGACCCUGUCUCAAAAAACAAAAACAAACAAAAAACCAUGGGAGGUAUAGGCCCCUGAAAAACUUAGUUUUAUUAAUUGCUUUUUGUUAAUUGUUAGGAUUUUGCCACUACCUUUGUUUUAAACUCUUGGAGUGUAUACUCUGUAUUCUGUGAAACAAAAGUUAUAUUUGAAUUUGAUACCAUAUUUUAUAUUAGGGUAUAUAAUUUCAAAGACUUGUGAACAUGUAUUUUUCCUUUUUUGGUACUGGGGAGCGAACUCAGGACCUUGUACUUGUGAGGCAGGCACAGUGCCACUGAGCUAAAUCCCUGGCAUUGUGAACAUGUAUUUUUUACAAAGUUGAUUUGUUUUCACCCAACUUGUAGAUUAGCACAUUAUGUUUCUCAUAUUGUAACAAGAUACCUGCUUAUAUCCCAACAUUGUAUAUUAUAUCAUAUAAUUUUGCUUAUCUUUCAUGUUAGAGCCAAUAUCAAUUAUUUAGAAUUUUGUUUUCUUACCAUCAAAAUUGCACUUUUCUUGUUUAUAUUGCAAUGACUUUUCACCCUAUCUUUUUUUUUCUUUCUUUUUCUCAGUACCAGGGAUUGAACUCAGGACCUUGUGCUUGCGAGGCAGGCACUUUGCCAUUAAGCUAAAUCCCUGGCAGCAAUGACUUUUAAUUUGGUGGUAAUCUUUCCACAUAUGUGCCAAAAAUAACCCAAAUUACUGUGUUUCUGAUUGCCAUUGACCAGCAGGACUUGUCUCCAAAAGCAUAUCAUAAAUUAAUAGCAAUCUCCAAAACUAUAAAUGAUGGUAUGAUUUAUCAGUAACAACAGUUUUGAAGAAAUUUUUUUCAGCAGUGGUGGUAUUUGGGGGAAAAUGAUUGCUAUUGAGUGUAAUGAGGCAAAUGUCUUUAUUCCCUGAUGUAAUGCCAUUCUAUCUUUGGUAAUCGUUAUAUUUUUUGACAAAGUCUCAGUAGUUCAGGCUGGCCUUGAACUCAUGGUGAUCCUCUUACCUCAGGGUCCCAAGUGCUGGGAUUACAGGUAUGUGCUACCAUGCCUGACCAUCAUUAUUGUUUUUAACUAAUAAGCUGAAAUAAUGGCAUGAAGCAAAACCUAACUCAUGAGAGGUAUUAGUUUUGUAAAAGUGGAAUUUACUAAAUUAUAAUUCAGAUUGUGUUGUCUUACCACUUUUAGAGAUAAAUUUAUACAAUGCCAUUUUUCAUUAUUCGUAAUGGCCAGUAUGUUUGACAUAUGUGCCAGAUGCCUUUAAAUACAUAGACUGGCCCAAGAUGUGUGGAUGAGUCCUAGUUGGUCUCCUUUGACCUGUAUUUUUAAAUAUCUUUGACAUUAAAAUACUUUGUAAAAUGUUUUAUACAGUGUUCUUGAAUACAAAAACUGCUCAAUUUCUGGUACCAGGGAUUGAACUCGGGACCUUAUGCUUGUGAGGUAGGCAGCAGAACCACUGAGCUAAAUCCUCGGCAAAAAACUGCUCAAUUUCUGAUGGAGUUACAUUGUUACAAAUGUAUGGUAUCAGGAAAACAUAAAUGAGCAAUUUUUGAAUACUCAUAAUUCAGUGAACAUUAUAGCUUGCCCUAGUCUUUUUUUCUGGUACUGGGGAUCAAACUCGGGACCUUGUGCUUGCGAGGCAGGCACCAGAACCACUGAGCUAAAUCCCCAGCCCACUUGCCCUAGUCUUAAUUAUGCUUAGACACAUAAAUUACUCACCAGUUUUGUAAUAUUAUAUCUGAUACAAUUCAUGGAAUAAUACACUGCAGAGUGAAUUUUUACAACCUACAACAUGUGCCCAACUUCCUUGCAUCAAAUUUCUACUUUUUGCCAUCACCAGGAAGAUAUGCAGUGUGUACUGCUAUUCCAGCUUGUGAUGAAAUAUUGAAACUACAAAGUAUUUUAUCCUGAGGACAAGGUAUUUUAUCCUGAGCACAUUUACAUGAAAAAAAUCUUGCUGUGAUGUAUGUUUGUGAUCCCAGCAACUCAGGAGGCAGAGGUGAGAAGAAAACAAA